AUCAAAUUCACAAAUUUGAAUACCCGUGAAUACAUUUUCAUACUAAUGAAAUUAAAAGCUUGUUUCUGUUCUUAAGUUACAAACUCUUUAAAAAAUGAGUGAUAUUGACAUUGAUGAUCUUUUUAGUGUGUUCGAUGAUUCUUCUAAAAAACCGAAGCAGAAAGAUUGUAUUUCAGUGAAACAAGAGAAAGAUCCACAGAAAGUUAGCAAUUUUUUGAAAGAAAUUACUGAAGGAAAACGAUCAUAUGAUGAUGAGGAUGAAUCUGCAGAAUUAAAAAAAUUGAAGGUUUCAAACAUUCUUGAUGAUAUAAACCCUGAAGAAUUUUCUUCUAGAAUUCAAGUCCAUGUUGUUGAGACAGUUGAAGCUUGUCUUCAUGAGGUUGCUGUACCACAUGGCUCUGAAUAUAUUCCUUUAAGGCAAAGUCAAAAUCCACCAUCUCGUAAAUAUCCAUUCAUUUUAGAUCCAUUUCAAAAAGAAGCUAUUCUAUGUUUGGAAAACAAUCAGUCUGUGCUUGUUUCUGCCCACACAUCUGCUGGAAAGACAGUAGUAGCUGAGUAUGCUAUAGCUAUGUCUUUAAGAGACAAACAAAGAGUCAUUUACACAACUCCUAUCAAGGCUCUGAGCAAUCAAAAAUACAGAGAAUUUUAUGAAGAAUUUAAAGAUGUAGGUUUACUUACUGGAGAUGUUACAAUUAAUCCUUCAGCUAGUUGUUUGAUUAUGACCACAGAGAUUUUAAGAAGUAUGUUGUAUAGGGGUUCUGAAGUUAUGAGAGAAGUUGGAUGGGUAAUUUUUGAUGAAAUUCAUUAUAUGAGAGAUAAAGAAAGAGGUGUUGUAUGGGAAGAGACUAUCAUACUUUUACCUGAUAGUGUGCAUUAUGUGUUUCUAUCUGCUACUAUUCCCAAUGCAAGACAAUUUGCUGAAUGGAUUUGCCAUCUUCAUCAUCAGCCUUGCCAUGUUGUUUAUACUGAUUAUAGACCUGUGCCUCUGCAACAGUAUAUAUUUCCUGCUGGUGGGGAUGGUCUGCACUUGGUUGUGGAUGAAAGUGGUAAUUUUCGGGAAGAGAAUUUUAACACUGCUAUGAGUGUACUUCAGGUAGCUGGUGGUGCUGCAAAGGGGGAUUCUGCAAUGAAAGGCAGAAAAGGGGGCUUUAAGGAUGGUUCUAACUGUUAUAAAAUAGUCAAAAUGAUAAUGGAAAGAAAUUUUGCUCCUGUAAUUGUAUUCAGUUUCAGUAAAAAGGAAUGUGAAUCUUAUGCUAUGCAAAUGGCAAAAUUAGAUUUCAAUACUGAUGAUGAAAAGCCACUAGUUGAAGAAGUGUUCAAGAAUGCAAUGGAUGUUUUAUCAGAUGAAGAUAAAAAAUUGCCUCAGGUGGAACAUGUAUUACCACUUCUUAAGCGGGGCAUUGGUAUUCAUCAUUCUGGUCUACUUCCAAUUCUUAAGGAAACAAUAGAAAUUCUUUUCUCAGAAGGUUUAAUUAAGGCAUUAUUUGCUACAGAGACUUUUGCUAUGGGUUUAAAUAUGCCAGCCAGAACUGUAUUAUUUACAAAUGCUCGCAAAUUUGAUGGAAAAGAUUUCAGAUGGGUUACAUCAGGUGAAUAUAUACAAAUGAGUGGACGUGCUGGUAGAAGAGGUCUGGAUGAAAGAGGUAUUGUGAUAUUGAUGGUAGAUGAGAAAAUGAGCCCAUCUGUUGGAAAAGAAAUAGUGAAGGGGCUUCCGGAUCCUAUUAACUCUGCCUUUCAUUUGACUUAUAAUAUGGUUCUAAAUUUGUUGAGAGUAGAUGAAAUCAAUCCAGAGUAUAUGUUAGAGCGAUCUUUCUUCCAAUUUCAAAAUUAUUCUUCAAUUCCACAAUUGUAUGAAAAAAUUAAAACUUUACAAGAAACCCAUGAUUCUAUUAACCUGGACAGAGAAGAUGAUGUUGAUUCAUAUUAUAAAAUAAAAAAACACUUGGCUUCCCUAUCAGAAGAAUAUCAUGCUUAUAUUACACAGCCAGAAUAUUGUGUCCCUUUUUUCCAACCUGGAAGACUGGUGAAGGUUAAAAAUGGAGAUGAUGAUUUUGGAUGGGGCAUGAUUAUAAAUUAUCAGAAAAAAACUCUUCAAUCUGGUAAUAAUAAAGAAUCUGUAUUUUAUGUUGUUGAUGUUUUACUCCAAGUUUCUAAAGAAAGUUCAGAAACAAAAGUGACGUCUAAUUUAAAGCCUCCUGCACCAAAUGAAAAAGGUGUUAUGCAGGUUGUACCCAUUAAGUUGAAUUUAAUUCAACAGUUAAGCACAGUACGAGCACAUACUCCUAAAGAUUUAAGACCUAUUGACAACAGAAUGCAAGUUUUGAGAACUAUUCAGGCUAUUUUGGAACGAUUCCCUGAUGGUUUACCUCUUCUUGAUCCAAUUGAAGAUAUGAAAAUAAAGGAGCAAGGAUUAAAAGAUGUUAUAAAAAAAAUUGAAGCUUUCACUUCUCGGCUAAAUCAUCAUCCUCUUCAUAAUGACCCAUCUAUAGACAACUUACUUGAUCUAUAUAAGAAAAAAUUGCAGAUUGAAAGUGAGAUAAAGGAAGCAAAGGCAGAAUUGAAAAAAGCACGUUCCCUUUUGCAAAUGGAUGAAUUGAAAUGUCGGAAAAGAGUUCUGAGAAGAAUGGGUUACUGUACUGCUUCUGAUGUUAUAGAGAUUAAAGGUCGUGUUGCAUGUGAAAUUAGCAGUGCUGAUGAACUCUUAUUAACGGAAAUGAUAUUUAAUGGGGCUUUUAACAACCUAAAUGUUCAUCAAACGACUGCUCUCCUCAGUUGUUUUGUUUUCCAAGAGAAAUCAAAUGAGAUGCCAAAAUUGACUGAGGAGUUAUCUGGACCUCUUCGUCUAAUGCAGGACACUGCCCGUAGGAUAGCAAAAAUAAGUAAAGAAUGCAGAUUAGAAAUAGACCUUGAACAGUAUGUGGAUUCUUUUAAACCACAUCUAAUGGAUGUUGUUUAUUCCUGGAGCAAAGGGGCCAGCUUUGCACAUAUCUGUAAAAUGACCGAUGUUUUUGAAGGUAGUGUCAUUCGUUGUAUGAGAAGAUUGGAAGAACUCAUGAGACAAAUGUGUCAAGCAGCUAAAGCUAUUGGAAAUACAGAAAUGGAAAACAAAUUUUCAGAAGGAAUUAAACUCAUAAAACGGGACAUUGUAUUUGCUGCAAGCCUUUACCUUUAAUGGAAAUCUGAGAGUAAAUUUUCAAAGAAUUUGUAUAUUUUUUCCAAGAGCUCUUUAGAAGUGUUCCAUUAAAUGUAAAUUUGUAUACAAAAGGAUUCCAUUUGUGAGGAUUUUUAGCUCAUUUGUAUUUAUGAUCAAUGGAUUUUUGUUGAUAAAGUCUUUAAUGGAUGAAAGAAAAUAUUAAAAUGCAUUAACAUGUAGAUUUGCAUAUAUUUUUGUUGAAUUAAUGAAUUGAGAAAACAGAAAAAUUGCAUUUAUAGCCACACUAAAAAUUAAAAAAGAAAAUGGAUUUUUGUUUUAAACAAAAAAUAACUUCACUUAUCUUGUUGAAGCAUGUUGACUCUGUGAUAUACUUUUAGUUAUAUAGACCAAGUGUAAUCUUCAAAUGAAUAUCACUAGAGUUUUGUUUUGCAAUUAUUUCUUAAAAUAGCAUGUUUGUACUCUCAUGAUGUACAUAUUUGUAAAUAAACUUUUAUUUGUUUAUUU